AUGAACAAAGUCGUGAUUGAAGUUCAAAACAUCACUAAAAUUUACAAACAAAAGAUCGCCAACGACAACAUUUCGUUUGUGGUUCACCAGGGCGAAAGAGUCGGCGUGAUUGGUCAAAACGGCGCUGGGAAAACCACUCUGGUUGAACAAAUCGUCGGGAUUACUAAACCGACCAAAGGCAAAAUUAUCUACCACUUUCCCUACAAACGAACUCCGCAGGAAAAAAUGGGCAUCCAGUUCCAAGACUCUUCUUAUCCCGAAGGUCUGACGGUUAAAGACGUGAUUAAUUUCCAACUUGAUAUUUACGGUUCGACUAUCUCACGCCGAGAGCUACUUAACAUGCUCCACAUUUUCCAAGUCGAUGAGUUUUACCACAAAAAAGCGAAGGGACUUUCAGGCGGUCAACUGCAAAAAAUCAACGUUUUACUAGCGGUCAUCCACAACCCCGAAGUAGUCGUUUUGGACGAAAUAUCAACCGGUCUUGACAUCUCGGCCCGGGAAGAAAUUCUCAACUACGUGGAAAAAUACCUGAUUGAAAAGAAGAUGACCACGUUUUUAAUUUCACACAACAUGUCCGAAAUUGAACGACUGUGUAAGCGGGUGAUUUUGCUUGAUGACGGUAAAAUCCAUUAUGAUGGAUCUUUGUCGGAGAUUGUUCAAGAACAUGGUUCGCUGAGAGCUUACGUGGUUAAGUUUUUAGAAGCUAGAAAAAAAGCUCGGGAGCGUUUGCUUAAGAAAAAGCUCGCUUCGCCAAGCGACCCCCUCAAGAAAGGUGCUUAA